UUUACCACCGACGCAAACCUCCCCCCAGUCGUUGCCGGCGUGAGGGGGGGAUUGUGUUGGGGAACGGCGUUUUCGCAAGCUGCCUUCUGAUUGGUCAGGAGAGGUUGCUUUUGCAGGCGGUGGGAGGGUAGUCUCGCGGCCUGUAACGACGGGGGCGCGUCCGCUCGGCUUACCUCGGGGGAGAGUCUCCUCAGAGCGAGGCAAGGGCUGUCGCUGCGUGGACAUACCCGCCGUAGUGUCGUCCAUGAACCUGUGUCAGUUUGGAAAGCCUUCGUUUCCUUGGCAGUGAGAGGAAGAAGAAGGGGAGGACGAGAAGGAAGGGGAAGGGAGCAUGGCGGCGUCGGAAAAAAGCAACAAGAAGAAGACUGAGAAGAAACUCGCCGCACGAGAAGAAGCUAAAUUACUGGCCAGCUUCAUGGGAGUCAUGAACACCAUGAGGAAGCAAAAAACACUCUGUGAUGUCAUUCUCAUGGUCCAGGAAAGGAAGAUCCCAGCUCAUCGUGUUGUUCUUGCUUCAGCAAGUCACUUCUUUAACUUGAUGUUUACUACAAAUAUGAUUGAAUCAAAGUCAUACGAAGUGGAGUUAAAAGAUGCAGAGCCAGAUAUUAUUGAGCAGCUUGUGGAGUUUGCUUAUACUGCAAGAAUUUCUGUGAAUAGCAACAAUGUCCAAUCAUUGUUAGAUGCAGCAAAUCAAUAUCAAAUUGAACCUGUGAAAAAAAUGUGUGUGGACUUUUUAAAAGAGCAAGUUGAUGCUUCAAAUUGUCUUGGUAUAAGUGUGUUAGCAGAAUGUCUGGACUGCCCAGAACUGAAGGCCACGGCAGAUGACUUUAUCCAUCAGCAUUUUACAGAAGUUUACAAGACAGAUGAGUUUCUGCAGCUGGAUGUUAAACGUGUAACGCAUCUCCUGAACCAAGACACACUAACUGUAAGAGCAGAGGAUCAGGUUUAUGAUGCUGCUGUCAGGUGGCUGAAGUAUGAUGAGCCUAACCGUCAGCCGUACAUGGUUGACAUUCUUGCUAAAGUCAGGUUUCCUUUAAUUUCAAAGAAUUUCCUCAGUAAAACAGUACAGGCUGAGCCACUUAUCCAGGACAACCCUGAGUGCCUGAAAAUGGUUAUCAGUGGCAUGAGAUACCAUCUGCUUUCUCCAGAGGACAGAGAAGAAUUGGUGGAUGGCACUCGCCCACGAAGAAAAAAGCACGAUUAUCGCAUUGCCUUGUUUGGAGGAUCACAGCCACAGUCAUGUCGAUAUUUUAAUCCAAAGGAUUAUAGCUGGACAGAUAUCCGAUGUCCCUUUGAAAAACGGAGGGAUGCAGCUUGUGUCUUCUGGGACAACGUAGUUUAUAUUUUGGGUGGUUCCCAGCUUUUCCCUAUAAAGCGAAUGGACUGUUACAAUGUUGUGAAAGAUAGCUGGUAUUCCAAGCUGGGUCCUCCAACACCUCGUGAUAGCCUUGCAGCUUGUGCAGCAGAGGGUAAAAUUUAUACAUCUGGUGGUUCUGAAGUAGGAAAUUCUGCAUUAUAUUUGUUUGAAUGCUAUGAUACCAGAACAGAAAGUUGGCACACAAAGCCCAGCAUGCUGACACAGCGGUGUAGUCAUGGGAUGGUAGAGGCAAAUGGUCUCAUUUACGUAUGCGGAGGAAGUUUAGGAAACAAUGUUUCUGGAAGAGUCUUGAAUUCCUGUGAAGUUUAUGAUCCAGCAACAGAAACAUGGACAGAGCUAUGUCCAAUGCUUGAAGCACGAAAGAAUCAUGGGCUUGUAUUCGUGAAAGACAAAAUAUUUGCUGUGGGGGGACAAAAUGGCUUAGGUGGCUUAGAUAAUGUGGAAUAUUAUGACAUUAAAGUGAAUGAGUGGAAGAUGGUCUCUCCCAUGCCAUGGAAAGGUGUAACAGUAAAAUGCGCUGCUGUGGGUUCCAUAGUUUAUGUCUUAGCUGGUUUUCAGGGUGUAGGUCGCUUGGGGCACAUCCUUGAAUAUAAUACUGAAACUGAUAAAUGGAUAGCCAACUCUAAAGUCCGUGCUUUCCCAGUGACCAGCUGUUUAAUCUGUGUAGUUGAUACUUGUGGAGCAAAUGAGGAGACGCUAGAAACAUGAUUUCAGGAAAAUCAUUGUGUUUUUGAAAGACUGGAUUGUGACUCACAACGGUUCUGUAUUUUACUCUUGUCACGAGUCAGUAAUAUGGAAAAUUUUCGGAUGAAAUCCUUCAUUUUAUCUCUACUGUGUGUAUAAUGUGGAUUUGCUUAUCAAGCUUUAUUUUUCAUUUUCCUUCAUAAAUAUUGGAAGUACUUCAAGAAUCUACGACCCUAGAUUGAACAUACCAGAAGUUUCCUUAAGACGCAUUUGUGCAGUUUUGCCAAAAACAAGGCUGCCUAAGCAUAUUGUGAAAUAUGAGUUUUUUAGUACCCUGAAUUUUUUUCACAGUUGAAAAUAAUUAAGUUCUUCAGGUAGCAAAGGUGAGUGAAACAAAUUGUCAUUAAUUGAUGUGAGUUUGUUCAAACAUCUCUUCUGCAGAGAGAUGUACUGCAUCACUGCCAUACAGCUUCCUCACAAGACUGGAGCUGUGCAACUUUACAAUGUCUAGUUACUGAAGUAGUUGAAUGAAUUUCAGUGCUCUCUGUUUAUGCACCUUCUACUCGACUGAGCAGGCUCAGAUAACUAAGUGCAUAUCUUUAUAUGAGCAUCUUUCUCACUCAACUGGAAUGGUGACCGGCAACAAGCAAACACUUUUCUUCUCAAAUGUUCUUAAUGGCAUCUGUGCAAAGCCACAAGCCCUGUGGUAUGUUUCCACUGUUUCCCAUCAACCAUUUGCAUGGGAUGUGAUACUUUUCCAUGAGUGCAUCUACUUCCCAAAAUAUUCUCUGCACAGAUGAGGGUGCACACUGCACCUGUCUCCCUAUGCCCACAGGAGCAUUGGGGACUCUUAACAGUAAAAAUGGUCUCUUAUCUCUAGAUGCAUACUAGAAGGCCGCUGUUCACUUAUGGGGGAAAGUAAAUAACCUUGCCAGGAAUAUUGUUGGAAUGGAACUAAACCUGCCCUUGGGCAUCCUUGUUAAUUGGGGGAAAACUGGUUUUGUUCCUAGUUGAAGUCCAUUUGACACACUAGGGUGACAAACAUACAAUCUUAGUUUGUCUAGAUUAUCCAUUUUUUCUAAUUCCUUGUUUGUGUUGGAGUACAUCAAAAUUCAUACCCAUUUUACCUACCUGUUGUAAUAUGCAUUUGAAGUUCCAAAAACUGCAUAAUGAGUGUACUGUAAAAGGACUAAGCUUGUAUGUUGCAUAUCACUUGUGCAAAAAGACUGUUUGGGGUAUAAAAUGUACUCUGGUUACUUGGUCAUGUUUUUUUCAUAUUUUUGAUCUGCUUUACAACCUGCUGAGACGGACCGAUCUCUUCUAGGUUGAGAACAUUCUAUAUUAUUUAAAGUACACUUUUGUGUACUUUGUUCUUAAUAUGUACUGCCUUUUAGUCAUGAAGUUAUUCAGUUAGCAAUUAUGCAUAUACCUGCACAAAGUGAUGCAGGUCCAUCCUUUUAAAGGACUAUUUUUCAUGUUUGGUUUUUAAAUGUAUUGAGGCACACUUUUAAAAUAUAUAAUUCUGUUUUAAAGAAUUUUUUUCUUAAACUGUUUGCCAAAAAUAGAAUAACAAGAAACUUAAAUUUUUCCCAGUGUAUCCUGAUGCAGAUGCUAUAAGUUUCAGGCUUUUUUUUUUGCAGGGCGGAGGGUGGAGAAAAAGGGUGUUCCGAUAUGGUGUGUAAAUCUUCAGUCAGUCCAAAUGUAGGUAAUCCAGUAUGAAAAUUGUCUCAUUUUCCAUAGUUCUAGACUUAUCCAUGUUAUGCAUCUAGACAUUGUGUGACAAAUUUGAUUCAUUGUCAGUUCUUAGUAAAUGAACACUAUAUGGUGCAAUAAGGGUUUUGAACUGUGUUUGUGUAUUGACAAAUCUGUAUUGAUAAAACUUGCCUAGUGAAUACUUUUGCAAUUUUUGGAAGUUAAACAAAUACCUCAGUGAGGCUUGUG